AUGCGUAACUUAUGUGUUACAGAACUUCUAAGUGCCAAGAUGGUUAAGUCUUUUAGUUCAAUUAGGAAUGAUGAGAUUUUGAGUCUCGUUUCAUCAGUUCAUUCCAUGAAUGGUUCUGUUGCCAACAUAACAGAAAAAAUUCUUCGGUUUACAAACUCUGUGUCAUGUAGAUCAGCCUUUGGAAAAGUAGACAAAUAUCAAGACAAGUUAAUCAACUUGUUAAGGGAAGUGCUGGAUUCAUUAGAAGGAUUAGAUGUGGCUGAUUUGUUCCCUUCUUGGAGGUUACUUUACAAGAUGAGUGGGGUGAAAUCCAGAUUGUUAAAGCUGCAUCAGAAGGUUGAUGCAGCUCUGGAGAACAUCAUUAAUGAGCAUAUUAUGAAGAGAGCACUUGGAAGUAAGGGAAAUGGUGAGUUUGGAGGUGAAGAUUUGGUUGAUGUUCUCCUAAGAAUUAAGGAAACUAUUCCAAUCACAAAUGAUCACAUAAAAGCAGUGAUCUCUGACAUGUUUGCCGCUGGAACAAAACUUCAGCUGCCACUAUUAUCAGAAAUGAUGAGGAACCCAUAA